CUCUGUCAUUCAUUCAUUUAAUAUUAUCAACAUCGUCGGCCCAACAUAGCUUUUUAAUUUUUUUUUUUUUUACUCGACUUUAUUAUUCGACUGAUGGAUGAUCCGAACGAACGAACGUUGAUGAGACAAUGUGUCAAUGGCAUAUGUCACUGUGAUUUCCGACUCACAGUUACUAAUUGUGUAGAAUCAUUUGCUUUACGUACCAUGUAUUUAUCUUUUAUUGCUUUGUCUGCACUAGUCAUCAUCAUAGGAAUUGGUUUAUCUUCAGAUAGAUACUUUCGAAAAGGACAUCGUUUAUUUGAAACAGGUUCCGAUCGUGGUUUAUUACGACCUAAACCUAUUGAUUGUCUUGUCUUUUUCAUUACUGUUUUUAAUUCGAAAUUUCAUCGUCGGCACGUGCUAGUCUCACACUUAUUAUUAACCUUCUUCCUUCAUUACCCUCUUUUGGUAGUGCGAAUGAUUUGUGCUAUUCUAAUAGUCAUUGAUCAUGAUCCCACUAAUGUUUUGGCAAGAUCUUUUAUGUUUGAAUUCUCAUGGCAUUUUGGUUAUGCAGCUUGUGCUCUUUAUUUACUAGGUAUUGCUCAGACUCUAUCAGAGAGUCAUAAAAACCUGACGCGUGGAUGGUUACCUUCACCUACUACAGUAGAUAUCAUUGGUAUAUGCUUUAUGUUGGGUCCAGUAGUUCUUCAUAACAUUUGUUCCAUUGCUGCUGGUGCUCUAGCAUAUUCACAAUUAGGUACAGCAGAAGUGUUUACAAACCUGUUAUAUGGAUUUUGGUUCAUGCAUUGCAUCACUCUCUCUCUUACUGUCCUUUUUGCUGGAGUACGGUUGAUUCGCAUUUUAAAUUGUCAUUUGAUCAAAUUCCCUCCUACUGGUGAUCGAUACAAGUCCAUCCGUCUUGGUGUAUUCAAGAUUCAAGCAUUGAUGACGAUUAUAGUCCUAUGUUUAGCAGGAUAUGCAGUGUUUUUAUUAGUCUAUGCAAUUGUUCGUGAUCAAGUCACACAAAACAGUGCAGGUAGCAUUGCCAUGGCGACAAUUUGGAAUUUUUGGGCACCAGUGGCUACGUUAUUGGGAGAAAUUGCUUUGAUUGUGGAUCCCAAGUUGGGAGAAAAUACAAAUUUUGGUAUCAAGACAUCAUCGACAGGCAAGACAACUACCAAUAAUACUAGUAGUAAUGCUCUCCAUUCCAUGACCAUGAGUAUGUCUCAACAACAAUCAAAACAACAAGAUCAGGAUGGGAUGAUGUUUGUGUCUGCUACGGCUGCACCUACUCUUAGUUUGGGUGCAUUUGAUCCAUUUACAAAGGAUCCAAAUGGUCCAUUGACAAAGCCUAUGUUUGCUGCUGAAGUGGAUCAUACGGGUAUUCCUUUGGAAGAUAGUGUUUAUAUCCAACAUCAUCAUGUAAAUAACAACAACAAUAAUAAUAAUUAUAGUCAGAAUCAUACUAGUAUCGGUACUGGAGCUGAUAGUGAUAGUGAUACCUUUGUGAUGUAUCCCCAAAGACAAGAUAGUGAUAUUCCAUCAAGAUCUUCAAAAAGUCAUCUUGUCCAUCAUGAUUCAUGA